GGAUAAUACAACAACCAAGAAAGAAAACUUUACUAAACAGAAAACAUCAAAGAAAACUUCACCAAACAAUAAUCAGUUUGACUAAAGAAAUCAUUAAUAUUAAAAUAAUAUUAAUGAGGAGGUUUUGGUCGGGAUCAAAACCUCCGGACCAAAGAUGGGGGAGAAGAUAUACCUGCUGGCAGACGGGGCUCUGCCAGUGACGGGUUCUGCCAGUGAAUACAAAAACCUAAACAAUGCAAAGAAAGAAACAUAAAAUGAUUUAAAAGCAAUGAUUCCCCUCGCUCCUCCUCUCUUUCCAAUUGUUCUCUCGAACAACUCUUUACGUUACAUUUGUCUCAGGUUUUUUAAUGAGUGACUAAUUUUUAAAUAGAUUAGGGGGAUUACAUUUUGAUUGCAUGUAUCUUUUUGUAUUUUCAGGAUGUAAAUUUAUGGAAAUUGAUGGGUGAUUUCAACCUUCAUGGAAUUACGGCUCCAGAGGAAUACGGAGGACUCGGCCUUGGUUAUUUAUAUCAUUGUAUGGCUAUGGAAGAACUUAGCCGUGCCUCUGGAUCGGUUGGCGUUUCAUAUGGUGUACAUUCUAAUGUGUGCAUUAAUCAGUUGGUAAGGAAUGCAAAUCCUGAUCAGAAGCAAAAGUAUCUCCCAAAGCUGAUUAAAGGUGAGCAUGUUGGGGCUCUUGCUAUGAGUGAACCCAAUGCUGGAUCAGAUGUUGUUAGCAUGAAAUGCAGAGCUGAUCGUGUUGAUGGGGGGUAUGUUCUCAAUGGGAAUAAGAUGUGGUGUACCAAUGGUCCUGUGGCACAAACACUGGUUGUUUACGCUAAAACGGAUAUUGCUGCUCGCUCAAAAGGAAUCACUGCUUUUAUCAUUGAGAAGGGAAUGGCAGGUUUCAGUACUGCCCAGAAACUAGACAAGCUUGGAAUGAGAGGAAGCGAUACAUGUGAACUUGUGUUUGAAAAUUGCUUCGUUCCUAAAGAGAAUGUGCUGGGGCAGGAAGGGAAAGGAGUUUAUGUUAUGAUGUCGGGUCUAGAUUUGGAAAGACUUGUGCUAGCAGCUGGGCCUAUUGGGAUCAUGCAGGCUUGUCUUGAUGUGGCACUUCCAUAUGUCCGCCAGAGGGAGCAAUUCGGCAAGCCUAUCGGUGAACAUCAAUUUAUACAGGGGAAAAUUGCUGACAUGUAUACUGCCCUACAGUCCUCAAGGUCAUAUGUCUAUUCUGUUGCUAGGGACUGUGACAAUGGGAAGGUUGAUCCAAAGGAUUGUGCAGGUGUGAUUCUAUGUGCAGCUGAAAGAGCCACUCAAGUUGCUCUUCAGGCAAUACAGUGUCUUGGGGGUAAUGGGUAUGUGAAUGAGUAUCCAACCGGGCGUUUCCUUCGGGAUGCAAAACUGUAUGAAAUAGGGGCAGGCACCAGUGAGAUAAGAAGAAUGAUCAUUGGGCGGGAGCUGUUUAACAAAGAGUAGUUAAUUAGUUAUACAUUUGCCUGUUAAACAUUUGGUAGCAAAAACAACUUCCAAAGAUUAUAAGAUAGUACUUCGUAUAUUAUUACUAAUAUAUACGAAGUAGUAAGUUUACUAAUAUUUUUUCCUGUGAGUUAUAUUUCAAUAAUAUUUAAAUAAGAAAACUUUUUUCAUUUACUCUAUUGAAGUGUUAAAGAGAAACUUUGAGCA